AUGGAUCAACUACUGGCCAAGGCCGGAAAUCAAGUUGUCACAUUUGCCAUCCGUUCUGGUAUCACUAUUGCUUCAGGUUAUGCCAUAAAAACUAUCGGGAAAUAUGUUGACAAGAUCCCAGCUAAGGAUCGUAAGUCUGUUGAGUUUCUGAAGAGAAAACUGCAAUUAAGAAUUGAAAUUGUCACUGGCGCCAUCGAUCUAAUCAAAUUGGUCGCAGCUAGAGGGAACUCGAACUUACAAAGCACACUUGAACUGACCUCAGAUCUAACCAACGAUAUUUAUGAGUUCGAUGACUUUCUGGCAGAACUAACUGAUAAACUUGAAAAGGGAAAAAGUUCGGAAUCUUUGAAAGAAGUUCAAGACUACAUGAAGUUUUUACUCACCAAAAUUGAAGAAGCAAUACCUCUGAUUAAUUUAGCCCUAACAACCUCAGGAGCUAAUCUUACCGGCGGACUUCCUUCAACUGUGUCACCAGGCAGGCUAUUGCAGGCUUCCAAUUAUGUGACACUUGCAGAUUCGAAGUUUACGGAUAGCGAACAACAAGUUGGUCCCUCUUUCGAUCUGACUUUAUUCCAAAUAUUCUCUGGAUCUUCGAAUGUCUCUUGGAAAGAGGAGAUGGCUCGUUGUAUUGUCAAAGUUGUGAGAGUUCCUUCCAAAAGUCAGGAGUAUUCAUACAAGUUGAUAAUUACUGAGAGUUUUGACGAUGACCGAUACCAUGAAUCUUCAGAACCCAAUGUAAAGGAGCUUGAUGUGGCUCACGUUAUUAGACUUUUCUUUAGUGCGUCCUCUAAGCUGCUCAGAUUGGAAGACCGCAAUUGUCCAGUUCUUAUUCUCAAAACUAAAAAGGGAUCGGAGAAAGAGGAAGCAAUAGAAUGGACAGCAUUCAGCGAGUAUUCCAAAGCGCCCGGUUCUGAUUCUGAAGAUGAGGAAGAGGAUUUUUCAGAAGAAGAUAAUGAUAGGGUUACCAGAAAAGUAAACGCAGCUAGAAACCUAUUGUAUGCUAAUAAUACUCCAGCAGUUGGAAAGGAACCCCCCAAAUUGUCCGAAAGCAUUGAGAAUGCAAACACAUCCCUCAGUCUGUUGGAGUACAUUCUUCGUUUGUGCGCCUUACAGGGUAAUGAUCAACAAUCCAUACUAAAGGUAACAGAUGAGAGACUUGCAAUCUACCUUGCAGAUGAAAGUUCGGAAUCUCAAGAAAAAAGAUCCAAACGGGAGGGCAGUGGUAGUAAGGACUGGAGGAAAUCAAUUACUCCCCCACCAGCAGAAAUUACCUCAAAAUUAGAUAAUUUGACUUUAAAUGAAACAGGGUUGGAAAAGUAA